AUGUUGGCAUACGUCAAUAAUUCAACUCGAGUAGUGCGAGGAGCCUCAAGGCUAUCGACUUCCUCUCCUCCUCGUCCAGCGACCCUCUGUGCCGCUCUUAUUCCGGCCUGCUCAGCAGCUGCAGCUACAGUUCUUGCAGUUCCUCAACCCACAGGCCUGAUUGCUGUUGCACUGGCUAUCCUUCUUGCACCCGAUCCAGUCCCCAUUCCCGUCGUUGUACGCCGUCCAGUGCCAUUGCCCGUUGGAGCCUCACUUCUUCCAGCAGUAUCCCUUGGAGCACUGUUGGAAGAAGUGCGGCUCCUCCCCUGGCCUGGACUGCAGUGGCCUUGCAAGACGCAGAAAGUCCACUGUACUUGA